AUUCAGAAAUAUCUCAAAUUUGAAGAAAGAAAAAGUUCUACCAUCAUGGCUGCCACCCUCUUCCAAUCCGCCAAUGCCUCGGCAUUCAGCCUCUACGACAAUGCUUUCCUCAAAAUCACCGGGUCUUCGCCGACUCUCGAGGUGAUUGCAGAAAACAGUACAUAUCCAUUUGCCCAUGAAGCCAGCGUAUAUAUCCCAUCCACGGACGAGCUCUUCAUUUCCAGCAACAUCUUCACCGACCCAACCACUAACAAAUCCACAAUUGUGAUCACAAAGGUGAAUGUGACCGCGAACCCAGUGACAGCAGAGAUCAUCGACUCCACAAUCCCUUUGCCGAACGGCGGUGUUAAUAACGGCAACGGGAUCCUCUGGGCGGCUCAGGGCACUCUCAAUGAAACGGGUGGUCUAUUCCAAAUGUCCACCUCAGCUCCGUAUAAGUCCGAAUUUAUCGUGGGUGGUUUCUACGGACGCCAGUUUAACUCUUUGAACGACGUUGUCGUGGCUAAAGAUGGGGCUUUCUGGUUCACAGAUCCAAUCUAUGGCUCGCGACAGGGUAUUCGUCCUUCACCCAAGCUGCCUAAUCAGGUUUACCGAUAUGACCCUACGACAAAGGGCGUGCGUGUUGUUGCCGAUGGUAUUGGUCGGCCGAAUGGCAUUUCUUUCUCCCCUGAUCAGAGCAUUCUCUAUAUCACUGAUACCGCCGAGACCAAUGGCGAUGGAACCAAGGAUGUGCUCUUGUCUGCGACUAUCUAUGCUUUCGAUGUUUCGACUAUCAGUGGUCAGCCGUUUUUGACUAACCGGCGUGUCUUUGCUAUGCCAAGCGACGGAAUUCCUGAUGGUAUCAAGGUUGACCAGCAUGGCAAUGUGUAUGCUGGCUGUGGAGAUGGUGUCAAUGUUUGGUCUGCGGGCGGUGUCUUGUUGGGUAAGAUCCUUAUCACGAACGGCACCUCCAACUUCUCGUUUGGCCGUAAUGGUCAGAUGUUCAUUAUGAACGAGAACAAGAUCUAUCGUGCUCAGUUGAACCAUAGCAUCCAAGGUACUUUGACCGAGAACUAG